CCCGGCCCUGCUCGCGGCGAGAGCUCCGCCCGGCUGCGGCUUCCCCCAGCUGCGGGAACCCGCGGGCGCCCAGGGGGCGGACCGACCUCCGCGGACCCCGGUGGCCUGGGGUGGGCGAGGGGCGAGCGCCGGAGACCCCGAGCGCCCCGCGCCCAGGCACCAUGCGACUCGCCGCGCCUCCUCGCCGGCCCCGGGCUUCGCUCUGCGCUCGCUGAGCCCCGCGCUCCCCACCGCGGCAAGUCGCAAAGACGAGGCGGGUCGCUGGAGAGCAGCGGGGAGACCGCCUUGGACGUCCCCUCCGCCCCACAGAGGCUGCGGGUCCCUCGUUCCCUGGGCUUCUCUAGCUUUACCAUGAACCUGGCGCAAGCUUGGCUUUAGGAGAAAUUGAGAAGCCGGAGGGGGAGUCAGUGCAAUUCCUUGGUUGCUAAGAGUGAGUGAAGACAUCCGGGAUGGCUCAGGGAUCUGGGGAUCAAAGAGCAGUGGGGAUUGCUGACCCAGAGGAGAGUUCUCCAAAUAUGAUAGUCUACCGCAAAAUUGAAGACAUCAUUACAAAGAUGCAAGAUGACAAGACAGGUGGUGUGCCCAUCAGAACAGUCAAGAGCUUUCUCUCCAAAAUUCCCAGUGUUGUCACAGGUACUGACAUUGUGCAGUGGCUUAUGAAGAACCUUUCCAUCGAGGACCCAGUUGAAGCAAUACACUUGGGAAGCCUUAUAGCUGCCCAGGGCUACAUCUUUCCAAUCUCAGACCACGUUCUCACCAUGAAGGAUGAUGGCACCUUUUACCGUUUCCAGGCCCCGUACUUUUGGCCUUCGAACUGCUGGGAGCCUGAAAACACCGAUUACGCCAUCUAUCUCUGUAAGAGGACAAUGCAGAAUAAAGCAAGGCUGGAACUGGCGGAUUAUGAAGCAGAAAACUUAGCAAGACUCCAGAGGGCCUUUGCAAGGAAGUGGGAGUUCAUCUUUAUGCAAGCAGAAGCACAAGUGAAGAUAGAUCGGAAGAAGGACAAGACGGAAAGGAAAAUUUUGGAUAGUCAAGAACGGGCCUUUUGGGAUGUGCACAGGCCAGUGCCAGGCUGUGUGAACACAACAGAAAUGGAUAUCAGAAAAUGCCGGCGUCUGAAGAACCCACAAAAGGUUAAAAAGUCAGUGUAUGGCGUGACUGAAGAGUCCCAGUCGCAAAGCCCCGUGCACAUACCCAGUCAGCCAAUCAGGAAAACUACGAAAGAGGACAUCCGGAAACAGAUAACAUUUUUGAAUGCACAGAUUGACAGACAUUGUUUAAAAAUGUCCAAAGUGGCUGAAAGCUUAAUUGCUUACACGGAACAGUACGUGGAGUAUGAUCCUUUGAUCAUGCCGGCUGAGCCGUCCAACCCCUGGAUCAGCGACGAUAUCACUUUAUGGGACAUAGAGAUGAGCAAAGAGCCCAGCCAGCAGCGAGUCAAGAGAUGGGGCUUCUCUUUCGACGAGGUAUUAAAGGACCAGGUGGGGCGGGACCAGUUCCGGAGAUUUCUGGAGUCCGAGUUCAGCUCUGAAAACCUCAGGUUUUGGUUGGCUGUCCAAAACCUCAAGAAACAGCCCCUCCAGGAUGUGGCCAAGAGGGUAGAAGAAAUCUGGCAAGAGUUUCUGGCUCCGGGGGCCCCAAGUGCAAUCAACCUGGAUUCUCACAGCUACGAGAUAACCAGUCAAAAUGUCAAAGAUGGAGGGAGAUACACGUUCGAAGAUGCCCAGGAACACAUCUACAAGUUGAUGAAGAGUGACAGCUAUGCCCGCUUCCUCCGGUCAAAUGCUUACCAGGACUUGCUGCUGGCCAAGAAGAAGCCAGAAAGUGAGCAAGGUCGUAGAACUUCCUUAGAAAAGUUCACUCGCAGUGUGAGAGAGAGAGAGAAAUGUGGGGGAGGAGCAGAAGGAGAGGGAGAGAGAGAAUCUUAAACAGCCUCCACGCCCAGUGCAGCAGAGCCCAACGCGGGGCUCGAUCUCACGACCCUGGGAUCACGACCUGAGCCUCAAUGAAGAGUCGGCUUCAGCCAACCGAGCCACCCAGGCGCCUCCAUCAUCUCUCUCACCUGGGAUCCUCGGAUGCAUUAAAUAUUUGUUAAGUGGCUCCUCCUGCGUUUUAUUCUAUGGUUUAUAAAUAAGCCUUAGGAAAGGAGAGUGGAUCAUAGGGAGGGAGUUUGCUGAGAUUGGAGGAGAGGAAUCCGAGAGUCAGAUUAGCCUCUGCCUUGAGGGAGAAAAAGCCAGAUGAUGACACGGACCAAGCAAGGGAAACUGUCAAGGAGUGGAAUUACUGCCCUUCACAUGUCAUCCUCGCCUUUGUUUUGUUGGGUUGGUUUUUUUAAGCCAGUCGCUGCUGCCGCAGCUGAGCUCCAGCAAGAGGGCUCUCUCUGCUGAAUGUCUGAAAGGAGGUCAGUGAGCAGAGGACACAGGCGCCCGCUGGCACAGGGCAGCUGAGCGGCAGCCGUGCAGUCCGGUCGAGUACAGCCGGGGUGGGCUUGUGCGUGGGGCACCCUGGCUCUGAGUUGGAGAAAGCUUGGCCUGUCCUCCUUCCCAUGCAGAAAGGGUGCUUUCUGGAAAGCAGCACAGAUGAGAAAGCCGGUUGCCUUUUACCCAACGCCAGUUGCAGAUUUCAGGUGGGCAACUGACGCCAGCACCGUCGCCACGUGGCCAGGAGCAGAACGCGCUCCCAGAGUCCUUAGACGGGGGGAAGCUGCCCUUCUGGGGCCCCCUCCUCCUGGGCUCUGCCCUGAGGACUUAUCCUUAGCCCAACUCAGGGGAAGGAAGGGCUCUGGUGUCACAUUCUUUCCAGCUGUCCUGAAGACCAGCACGAUUGCAAAUGACACUCCUUCUUCUCUCAGGCUUUACCAGGGCUGCUUUCAACUCAUCAUGGGAUUGUAUAAUUAUGGUGAUUACAGCUUAUGGCUUUUUUCCUCUCCUCAUCUCUUGCUUUCAGAUUCUUUGAGGCCUCUCAUUAAACAUGGCGAUCCCCGUAAAGUCAGCAAAGUUUUAAUAAGACAUUUUUUAAAGCUAAAGGAAACCCAGUUAGAGUUUAUUGGUACGAUGUUCCCUCAGACAGUCCUUUAAAACUCUGUCAGGCACCAUUGGGGCCUGGAUAUAGGAAGUGGGGAGGGAAAGAAAUGGGGAUCUGGAAGGCACCCAUGCUUUUUCACAGGGGUGGAGAACCCUUCCAUGCCACGCCCCUGGCCUUUCUCAUUUGCCAAGAGCAGGGUGCAUUUGAACCCCCACGCCUAAUGGGAAAAGACAGACCAACAAGCAAGAUUAGAGGACCUGGCCUUUACAUCAUAACAGAUUAAGUUGGAACAUGAAGAUAGGGCAGCCAAUAUAAAAUUCAAUCCAACCUUGUAAUCUGCAACAAAAGUAGGAAAUUCUGAUGCAUUUUCUGUCCUGGAUGAUACUGGAAGGUUCUGGGGCAUCCAUUUUUCUAAAUAUGUAAAGGAAUCAACCAUUAGCAUUUGUGAGUGAUCGCAACGCAGCGAUCAUAUUCUUGAUGGUGGUUUCCUUGGUAAUGACACAGCUCCAGAGCCCGUCAUUUGCUAGCUCUCAAUGAUAGCUUUCCUGAAUUGUUUCUAGAUCUGGAGGAUGGUAUGGGAAGGAUCACCAGGAAGGAACACAGGCGGGGUGGUGGCCACCGGAACCCCUAACCUGCCCUUUGGCAGCUUUGUUCAGGUUUAGAUCCAGGGUCCUCUUCCUCCCCCGCCCCCGCCCCAGGACCGCGUGAAUAAGCACAGUGAGGUGCACCUUGCCCCCGCGGGACCGCGCUCUGAGAAGCUCCUCAUGGCUGACUGCCCAGAGCUGUCCGGACCACUCCUUAGCCCAGGGGUAACAGGUAGUCAUGUCUGGGGUGUGCUGAGCAGGACCAGCCACCAGAGCCAAAUGUUGAAACUUGGCAGCGACAUUUCCAACUGCAUUCUUAUCCCUUACUAAAGACCACCUGCUCACUUUGCCCUGAGAACAAUGUCCCCUUGGUGCCCCCCAGAAUGCACAGGAGCGGGCUAGGUUAGAGAGGGACAGCCCCGGCUGACUCCUGUCUGUCCACCGGAGAUUGGCACGAGACCCCAGGGGAGCCGCUCACUUGGCCGACGGGUGUAACGCAGCCCCAGCCUCCUGCUCAGGGUGGACGCUGGCACUGAAUGGGGCAUAAAAAUAGUUACUGCCAUUCUUGGGGGCUCACAGUGUUAUACUGUGGGGGUCUGCACCAUGCUGAGCUUGGCCAGCAAGGGAUUGGUUCUACUUCCUCUCUACUGCUUAGCAGCUCCCCUAAGCCUCGGUUUCCUCCUCUGCAAAGGGGAGAUAAGAGUAAAUGGUUAAAUGGGGAAAAAAAUACACCAGGUGCUUAGCAGAGUGUAGCACAUGGGCUCAAGUGGAACUGUUUGUAUUACUAUUUUCAUUAUUACAUUGUUGUUUGCCCCCCAUGCUUAGCUCGUAUUACCUUAAUUUCCAAGAAUAUUCUCUGAGGUAGGUAUUGUUAUAUUUAUUUUGCAGUCAAGGAUGGCUACGUGCGUAUCUCAUACAUGACAAUGUGUGCAAGGCACAUCCAAUUAUCACAGUGACCAGCUUGUAGAACGACUUGAUAUAUGUAGCUAUUAUUAUUGGCUUAUUUUUAAAGUCCAGAGCCAGUUUCUCUGAUUUUCCUGGGAACAGAGGGACCGAGGUGACUGGCAGGCCAGCUUCUGCCCUGUGGUCAGGUUCUUGGGGCCCCUAAGCACGUCCCAGGAGGCCGUGAGAGCUGUGUGGUGCUGGGAAUGGGGAGAGCCACCUAGAAAAAGUUGCAUACGUUGUCAGGAUCCGGCAUUUGCCGCCCCGCCUCCCCCACCACCGAGGUACACAACCCUGAGACACCGCCUGCUUCCAGACACAGAUCAGGAGUGGAUCCCCCCAUGAUAAGAGCGUGAAAUGCAGUCCUUCAGAGGCAACACUCUGCUCGACAGAAGCCUCUUUCCCAGAAACCCUCCCCUCUCAGCUGUCUGCCUGCCUGCAGCCACCCCGAGCGAUACAACCUCACCGAGUCUGGCUGCUCCAUCUGCCAGAUAAACAAAGGCUCGUAUUUUUUUAGCCACACACUACAAAGUGGGGUUGUCGGAGGAGUCAGAAGCAAGUGGCAAGGGAUGCUUGGAAAUCCCUCCUAAAGCAGAUCCCUGGGGUACAUGCUUCUCUUGCUUGUAGCAUUGACGGAAACAGAAGCGGGGAGGCCAUUUCCACUGACAGGAAUGGCUUCUUCUGGGGGAGAAUUCAGGUUUUCUAUAUGUAUCUUAAAGUAAAUGCUUUAAGUUUGCAGUAUUGGUCAACGAUUGGCAUUUGAGGGGCCUGAUAUAAAGCUCUGCAGCCAAUCACAUGGUUGCUCGUGCAGCUUGCACGAGAUGCUUCUGUGAGCUCCUGCGCCGCAAACGCGCACACGGACGCGUGCACGACUCUCCGGACAGGUGCAUGCGCUGCCGGCCUGGCCUGCGCCUCUGUGUUCGGUGCAUGGGACGUGAGUAACAUACGCUGCAGACUUGCAUGGGCCUCUGCGCAUGCGUUGCAUGUCCGCGGCACCUGGGCGCAUGUUUGGGCAGGGGCAUCCCAAAAGCCGCAGGUAUUCAUGGUUUCAGCUGGAUAAGUUAUUCUUCACUUCCC